AUGGAUGGGCUAGGGGAGUGGAGGGACAUCUCCGAGGAGGGGCGGGACCUGGCAGACCCCCAGAGCGCGGUGGUCCUUGGCCUGCCCAGUGCCCGGGUCGCGGGGACCUGUGGGCGCGCCUGCCCGGCCGCCUGCUCCUGCAGCAGCGUGGAGCGCGGCCGCUCGGUGCGCUGUGACCGCGCGGGCCUCCUCAGGGUGCCGGCCGAGUUCCCGUGCGAGGCGGCCUCCAUCGACCUGGACCGCAACGGCCUGCGCUUCCUGAGCGAGCGGGCCUUCGGCACGGGCCUGCGCCGCCUGCCCUCGCUCAGCCUGCAGGCCAACCGCGUCCGCACCGUGCACGCCGGCGCCUUCGGCGACUGCGGCGCCCUGGAGCACCUGCUGCUCAACGACAACCUGCUGGCCGAGCUGCCGGCCGACGCCUUCCGCGGCCUGCGCCGCUUGCACACGCUCAACCUGGGCGGCAACGCGCUGGGCCUAGUGGCGCGCGCCUGGUUCGCCGACCUGGCGGAGCUCGAGCUGCUCUACCUGGACCGCAACAGCAUCACCUUCGUGGAGGAGGGCGCCUUCCAGAACCUCUCGGGCCUCCUUGCGUUGCACCUCAAUGGCAACCAGCUCACCAUGCUUGCCUGGGCCGCCUUCCAGCCUGGCUUCUUCUUGGGCCGCCUCUUCCUCUUCCGCAACCCGUGGCACUGCGACUGCCGCCUGGAAUGGGCCAACAGCACCGAGGGGCUGGCUAACACCUCGCUGUCCGACAGCCUUCUCUCCCGUGGGGUGGGAGACUCUCCCUGCAAGACCAAGUUUGUCCUUGCUGCCUGUCUUCUGCUCAGCGUAGCCCAGCACGUGGUGUUCGGCCUGCGGAUGGGCUGACCCUGCCACAUGGGAGUGGCUCAGACUGCCUUGGCCAGAGGGGGGGAGCUUUUGUUAUCUGGGCUUCAGGGUGUUUGUGGUGACAGAAGAGGGAUGGGAAGGGGGCUGGUGGUGAAAAUUCCAGUGGAGGGUGGAAAGAGUAGUUUGACUCCAGAGAUGCCUAGUCAGGGGAGGGAGGGGGAGGUUGUGGAGUUCUGCCCUUGUCAUAUAGGCGUCCACUGGGAAAUAGAGGCAGGAAUGAACACGGGCCCUAGGUAGGAAGGCCAGGAGUGGAAGCUCCAAGGGGCUCAGCCCCUCCCCACCCUUGUCUUCCGCAACAGCGUCUGGAAUGCUGGAAUUGGAGUCAGCUCAUUGGCCAAAUACUAAGAACUGUGCCAAUUCUCCUGGCAGGGUAGCCCAUUCAAUUCAAUCUCUUUAUUUUCUACCACAAUCUGCCUGCCCCUCCCCAGGGGCCUUGGGGACACUAGGGCUUAGGAAGGCAGAUAGGAUGGGAGACAAGGGAGAUGGGAGAGGGGUGGCUCCUGGAGUCUGAGCUAUGUUAAGGAAAUGUUUAAAACAGAGA